AAAUUGUCACGGAAGAACAGCCAAAUAUUCCUGUUUUCGUGAAAGAAUUGCAGCCCUCUUUUGCGAUAGAAGGAUGCUCUCAUAAAUUAGAAUGCACUGUUAAAGGAAAUCCUCUUCCGACAGUACAGUGGUACAAAAAUGAUACUAACUUUGAUAAUUCUCCGGACUAUAUUAUCACUUUUAAUAAUGGAAAAGCUGUUCUGAAGUUUGAUGAAGUCGUUUUGGAAGAUAAAGCUUCGUAUACUUGUAAAGCAACAAAUCAAUGGGGACAAUCGUCUACUACCGCCUUUUUAGACGUGAAACCCGCGCAAAUUUCCGGAAAGAAGCCAUAUUUUAUAGUACCAUUAUCAAAUGUUAUGGCCAGGGCAGGCCAAAGAGUGAAACUAGAAUGCAAAGUUAACGGAGAUUCAAUUCCUAAAUUAAUCUGGACUCAUGAUGGAAAACUAAUUGAAGAAAGCAAAUAUCAUAAAAUUCAAACAGACGGUACUCAAACAAGCUUGAUCAUUACGGAAGCUUUUCCGAAGAAUGCCGGAUUUUACACGGUGACUGCCAGUAAUGAAAUCGGGAAGGCCACCGUAUCUUGUACUGUUUCUGUGAAAGGAUGUUUGCUUCAUAAAACUAGUGAAUGUGAGCUUGUUUGUAGCGAUAUGGAACCAAUAGUCCCAAAAAUUCAGUUACCUUUACAAAAUUUGGAAAUUCAAGAAGGACAAUCAGCUAGGCUAGACUGCGUAAUUGUAGGUCAUCCUGAACCGGAGGUAAUUUGGUACCAUGAGGAACAGCCCGUAAAAGAGUCAUCAAAUUUUCAAUUACUCUUUCAAGGUGAUCGAUGUUCAUUAAUUAUUCAUGAGGCUUUUUUAAAUGACGCUGGUAUAUAUAAAGUAGUUGCUAUUAAUUCUGCUGGCGAAGCUUCUAGUCAGUGUACAUUAACAGUUACGCCAGCAUCUCACGUCUUAAAGAAACAGAAAGAUACUCUUGUUAGCGGUUCUGCUCCAAAAUUCAUUAAACUUCCGACGGACUUGCUGGUGGCUGAAAGCGAAAGUGCAAUUUUCGAUUGUGUCGUAAUUGGAGAACCUAAACCUGAUCUAAGAUGGUACUCCGAUGAUGGUGAAAUGAAUCAUAAUGGAAGGAUUUUCAUUGGAGAAAGAAAAGAUGGAACAGCCUUUUUGAAAAUUUCAUCAACGAUACCAAAAGAUAAGGGCAAUUAUGUGGUAAAAGCUAAAAACAUACACGGUGAAGUCAAAGCUUUCACUAGAUUAGUUGUGAAAUCGCUUGGUGAUUCUAAAAGAAACGAAGAAUUUAUCCAGAUGGAAGAAAAAUUGAUUCAUCCAACAUUCAAAGAAAUAUUUCAGGACAGAAAAAUACUUGAAGGAAUUUCAACCAAAUUUGAAUGCAUUAUCAUUGGAAAACCUUCUCCUAAGAUUCAAUGGUUGUUUAAUGAGCGGCCGGUUCAUGGGAAAGAUUUUCUAGUUUCCAUUAGCGGAAAUCGACAAGUUUUAACAAUUCCUGUGGUCAGAGAUGCACUCGUCGGUACUAUCACUUGCGUAGCAGAGAACGCUGCUGGUAGAGCGGUUUGUAGUGCUAGAAUUGAAAUUGAUAGUGGAUCAGUGAAACCAGAUACAAGUGAAACAAAAAAAGUGUUCGAGUUAAUUCCAUAUUCUCCUACGAGCAUUAUGCAUCCUGCAAGCAGUAGCGAUAAACACUUUUUAAGUGAGAAAACAUAUGACGAAGGUGGUAGUGAGAGUCAGAUACUGACCAAAAUGUCGUCGACUGUUACACAUUCUUCAACAACGUCCAUGAAAAAGGAAUUCUUAUCGUCGACUAUGACUUCGACUUUAUCACAAUCUGGACACGAACCUAGUGUUUGUAUGAAAACAAUUAUGCAAAGUUCUGAACAGUCCACUUCAAAAGACGGAGCACCACCUGUUGUACAGUCUCACAAGAUCGAAGAAUAUGAAAAAAUCGUACAAGAGCAGCCUGGCGAGAUAGGACAAAAGAAGACCGUUCUCGUGUGCGAAGAUACAGAAGGUGUAAAGCACGAUGUUAAAACAAAUCAAAUUCAAAGACCAUCUAGGAAAUUGACAGCACCCAGGUUUAUUUCGCCAAUUACAGGAAUGAUUGUCGAUCAAGGAACUGAUGUAGUUCUUGAAGGUAUUAUUGAUGGUUUUCCACAAUCGAUAAUUCUCUGGUCGAAGAACGGUGAAAAGUUGACGUUAAAAGAUAACAUAAAAAUUAGUUAUGCUCAUAAUCAUGUAAAAUUGGAACUGAAGGAUGUCAGUGCGAAAGAUGCUGGACGAUAUACCUGUACAGUGAGUAACGACGUUGGAACUACUAAUAGCACGGCUGAUUUGGUCGUUAAAAAAACAAUAUUUCCCCCGGUUUUCGGCAAGCGUCUCAAAGCUCAAGUAGUAAAAAAAGGAGAUCGUAUUAUUAUGGAAGUAGAAAUUACUGGUAUUCCUGAACCAAUAGUUAGUUGGUAUAAAAACGAUGUUCCGAUCAAUGAACAACCACAAAAAUUAAGAUUUAUUCAACAAGGAAAUUGUUACACGUUGGUUAUAGACAAUGCCAAAGAAGAAAAUGCCGGUAAAUACAUGGUAAGAGCGACGAAUGCCGGUGGCGAGGCGCAGAGUAUCGCUGAUAUUGCGGUUUUUGAACCAAAGCCUGAUACUAUGGUCGAGGUACAUAAAACUGUUAUUUAUGAAAACAUUCAGGAUAAAAAUAUCGUUCAGUCUGAAGAAAAAAAAGAAGAGAUAUCGUCAGGUACUUCAACGAACGAACAAAUGCCAACAACAGCAUUAGUUGAAUUAUCCAAGCCUAUUAUGACAACAACUACAAUUGAUACUGUACAAAAAAUCACCGAACCAGAAAUAAAGACUAGUAAAUCGGAAACAAUUUCAUCUAUGAUCGAAUCUCAUGAAACCGAAACGAAGUCAGAACAGAAGUUCCAUAUGAAACUUGAACAUAAAACUCCAUUUAUUGUGAAGUCCAAACCUCGAAUCGAGCAAACGACUGCAACAAAGAAAAUCGAUCGUGAUAACGAAAAUGUUACGAAACCAUUAAUAAAAACAGAGGAAAAAUCAACGAUUAAUAACGAAAACAUAGAAACUUCUACGAUUAUAAAAAAAGAUGCAUUGAAUUUCUUUGAGUCUAUUACGAAGGAUAGUGAGAUAAUGCCAAAAGGAUCAAAGGAAAUUAUUAAGCCAACGGAAGAAGGACAAAUUCAAGAAGCAAAAGUUGGAAAAUUAACAAAGAAUUAUGAGCAAGCAACUAUUUAUCAGGAAACGAAGAAACCGGAGAUAAGAUUGUCCGACUUACAAACAAUAAAGAAGGUCGCUCAGGACAUUUUUAUCAAAUUAGAACAGGGAUCAUCAUCUCGCGGAGUGGAAAACAAACUAUUUGAAUUUCCAUACGAGAGUCCUAAAUUGCCCUCAAUGGAGGUAAAAAAAAGUGUAGAGGAAAAAACAUUUUUCGAUUCACAAUUACAAAAUCAGACGAAGGAUUCUAAAAUGAUAAAAAGUUUUGAUCUUGUGCCGGAACCACCUCCCGAAAUAUGCUAUAUGCCAAAACCAGAAGAAAAAAAAAAACGACCUGAUCUAUUUGUUAAGGCAAAACAGCUUCAAGAAUCUUUUGAUAAAACAUCUCCACUAGAUGCUCCAAUCGGAGGUGUAAAGAUCUUUCCUAUGUCUACUUCAAAAGUAACAGAACCUGGCAAAGCUGCUGAACCUGUUCUCGCAGUUACAAUCCUAUCACCCUUUGAACUCGAACAGAAAAAAGAAACAUUUGAAGAGACAUGCAUACAAAAGAAAGAUACGUACGAGAAAAAGGAAUGCAAAUAUUUUAAAGAAGAAACAAUGGAACCAUGGUGUGCUUCGACGUCUAUAUUGAGAAGUAUUUCUCCUAUCAGACCGUGGUCAUCAUCAUCGGAUGUGGAAACCAAAUCGCACGUGUCUACGGAUUUAUCAGAAUACAGAUGUCAUUCAGCUGCUUCUAGUCAGCAAGAAAUUUUGAGAUCUACAUCACCGAAACCAUCUGCGGAUGCAUUGGCGAUGGAAAAAUUUUGGGUGAAACAAUGUGUAGAUUCAAAUAGAAAAUUAUGGCCAUCACAAAUCCAAUCUACUCAAAAAUACGAAUGGUAUGUUCCUAUUGAGGAAUACAAAAGCUCUUCGAAAGAAUUUCAGCAGAAAAUUGAGGAAACACCGCAAAGCACAAUAAAGAAAAUUAGUACGGAAUCGUCUGCUAAUGUAGAGAAACAAUGGUGUACCAAAGAAAAGUUCACUGAAAAAAUAAUAGAAGCAUCUCCAUCUACGAAAUUGGAUCCAAUAAUUUAUAAUGCUGAAACAAUUAAAGUUGAUCAUACUCUAAAUACUGUACAAGAGAAGGUGUUUGAAAGUACAUCACAUAAAUGUAAUAUGAAAAAUGCUGAAACAACACAGAAAUUUAAAGAUUUUAGUUUGAAACGUUGGACAGAAGACAAAGAGUUAAAAGCACCUAGUUUGGUAAAGAGAGUCGAACCAGCUACGAAACCGCUUGCGACAUCACAUCGUCUUACGGAGAUAGAAAUAGACUCCGUCGCUACCAAGCCAGAAUCUCCUCCGGAAAUUGGAUAUAUAUCACCAUCUUUUACAAAAGAAAAAACUAGAUUAGAGCAUACCAUGACAGUAAAAGAAAGAGUAAAGGACCCACCCAUACUCCCGCCGAGAGAUAUAUGCAUUACACCACCGCAUAUUCCAGCCAAAAAAUCUGUCAAACUCUCGACACCACUUCCGUCAAAGUUCAUUAAAGGUUCCUUUAGCCAUGAAAGUGAUUACGAGUUCGAUUUUGAUAGUCGUCCAAGAGCAAAAUGGAGGCCUUAUGAAAGCGACAAUGAAGAACCACAUUAUCGAAGAGUUAAAGCACCUAUUCCGAAGCAGCCGAUGAGGUCAAGGUCUACCGAACCCGAGCCACUUCCGCCUUCUAAAUUUGAGAUUCCUGCACAAUUUACAGGACCAUCAUCACUCAUUACUACAGAAUCUUUCGAAAAAACAGCAAGAAAAAUAUUUAAAUAUGAAACAGAACUCAAACAACAACAGCAAAACUCAAUUUCUUUGAAACCUGGUUCUCCACCAAUUUACGUACAGCCAAGUACAAAGAGUUUGGUGUCAAAAUCUUCUAUUAAAAAGCCGGAAUCCCCAAAGUUUAAAACAAAUAUUCUUCAGCGAGAAAGCGGUUAUAUGGCAGACACUGAUGAGCCAUUUCAGCAGAAGGCUUCAUCUAUGACUAAGCAAAAAUUUUUUGGCAAACACAACGGACCCUCUACAAUAGUUCAUACUGAGAGUUGUACUACGUGUACUGAAAGUAAAAUAAAAUCCUUUGGAAGUCAUAGUUAUAAAAUUGAUAAUUUGAAAAAAGAAGAAUUUUCCGUUUUGCCAUCUAUUUGUAACGCACAGUUGACUCCCAAAGCUGUUCAACAACAAUGUAGCUCGUUGGAAAAGAGCUACGAAGCAGCAGCUGACAGUAGUCUGCGCAGAUUCGAAUCCAUAAAGAAAACGGGAUAUUCCCUAAACCAAUUACAUAGAAAAUGGGUACCAGCAGAACAAAUUAUGUUGAUCUCUCCGAGUCCUUUGAAAUCAGUGAAAGGUGAUUUCCGUGAAAGUGAUUACGAGAAUAAUGAUAACAAAAUAAUAUCAUGCCAUACAGUUAGCUCCACUAACGUUACAGAUUCAGGAAAACCAAUGGAACCAAGUUUGUCUCACAAGCAACAUACAGUAAUUGUACCAAUAAAAUCGAAAACGGUUCUCCUACCUGGCUCUCCACCAGAAAUAGCGUAUGCACCAUCUCAAUUGCAACAACAUUUUUACGAAGCACAUACAAGCAUGCCGUUUACCAAUGCGAUGGAUACAGAGACAAAAAAAAUUGUAAGGAUGGAUGAAUCAACGGAGAAUUCUAGAAGGGUUGUUGCUGUCGAGCAAACAAGCCGCGUCAUUAAAUUCGGCGACACAAAUGCCACAACUAUCCAGGAACAGCAAAGAGCUAAUUACUAUGUACCUAAACCGAAAAAAUUUGUACAAGGACAAUUUCGGGAAUCUGAUUACGAGAGCGAUGUAGAUUCAAGCAAAAUUCGACCCAAAUGGGCUCCAGCAGAUAGCGAUACAGAGGAUCCAUAUUAUCGAAAAGUUCAACCACCCACAGGAAAAGGUCCAAGAUCUUUGAGUGCACCGACAUACAAUGUAUCGCCGAUGGAGUUUGACACUAGUUCUUUGUCGCUGAUGCAGAUUCACAGAGGAGAUAUGGACAAAAGGAUUAAUUUCCAAAAAUAUCAGCAACAUCCAACUUCCGAAAAAAUUGACAAUAUUUUACAACCUGGUACACCGCCUGAAUAUGGAUUUAUCUCGAAAAGCGACGUAAAAGAAGCAGCGAAUCACAUUGCUUCACGUCAUAUGAAUGAUAUGACGAGCAGCUUCAAAUCAAAAACUGAAAAAUUUGUGAGUGAUAUCCAAUCAGAUUUGAGACAGGAUAAAUCGAUUUUAAAGCACUUUAAUGAUUCUAAAAUGACCGAUAGUGAUGGGCCAAGAACUUAUAGAGAAGAAUCGCGAUUUUCUGAACAUGGAACAAAACGAAUUGAUCCGGAUACUGGACUCAUAUAUUUCAAGUACGAUUUUGGCUACGAAUUCGGUAUCAUUUUACCCGGCGAAGAUAAAAAGACGAUUGAAAGCAGCAAGAAAGUAAUUCAAGAACGAAGACGUUCCUGCGAUACAGAAGUGCCUAUAAUUCAUGAGUUUACUGAAAAUAAAACGAAUGGUUUCAUGAAAAAAGGCACGUUUUUGAAUCGUCAGAUAAAAAAUAAAUUCGGAAACUCAAAGACUGUUAAAUGGGAGCCAACAUCAGAAAACGACUCUUCUGAAACUGAAGACAUGAAAAUUCUCAAUAAGAGACAAUCGAAGGGAGCUGGAAUAGAAGAUUCGAUGGCGCUUCCAAGUCUCGUCAUACCUAGUUCUGUAUCAUCUUCAAGAUGGGAUCGAACAACGCCCAGUCCGUUUUCUUUUAGUCCAAGUCUGCCAAGUCUCUCUCCAAGACAGAGUAGCGCUACUGCACCUAGUAAUGUGGAUUCUGCAGGUUCACCCUGGCCGCUUAGCAAUCUUACAUCAUCAAUUAAAGAAGUAAUUCAACCUUACAUCGAAGUUUUACCGAAAAAAGCUCCUAUAUUCAUUACGCCACUGAAAGAUAUUGCGGUAAUAAGCGGACAACCAGCUAGAUUCGAAUGUAUUGUUCAAGCUGAACCACAACCCAAUAUUUUAUGGUCAAAAGAUAGUAGAAUCGUCGAAAAUUCUAAGAUUCACGAAGUUCAAUACAGAAACGGCAUUUGUCGUCUUACUAUAACGAGAGCUUUAUCUGAGGAUGCCGGGAUUUAUGCAUGUACGGCAACGAAUUAUUUAGGUUCCACCAUAACUUCUGCUAACUUAGAAGUUCCAGAUAAUAGACGUUCUAUAUAUGUUCUUAUUCCGUAAAAAUCUGGUGAAGAAAGAAAUCAACAGCCGAAUGGAAUAAAUACAAAGGUGGUGGAAUAUUUAAUUCUUAAUUUCAGUUUGUUGAUACCGAUUUUCACAUUGUAUCGUGUUAUUAUAUUUAACCGGGUCACAAAAUAACUCGGUAAAGGAAACAUAUAUACAAGGUGGUAAAGUGUUACAAACUAAUAACUUUAAAAAUAUUUGUCCUAUCAAAAAAAUGUUCAUGAGAAAGUAUAUUCGAGAGGACUUUCUAACUACAUAAAAAACCACCUCCGUUAUCCUUGAAGAGGGGCGGGGAAUAACAUCAAAGUUUCAAAUGGGACUCCCUGUAAAAUGUUACAUAUUUUGUUACAUCUACGAGGAAAAACAAGUAAACUUUGUCUGAAACAUUUCUUUGGAAAAUGUUCCUAUCAAAAGUUAUGAACAUUUAAACUUUUAGCUAUUUUAUUCACGAUUGAACUCCAUUGUGUUCAGGAUACAAUGAAAACGAA